CUCGUCACGCACGGGUGUGGUGUGCAACAAAUGCAUCAUCCAUCGUCACGUCAUGUCACGUCCAGACAGGCGCGAAACACGAUUUAGCUAUACAGCACACGAAUAAAACCAUCACGAAAGCAGACAGGACAGGACAGGACAGGACCUCUCUCUCCUUUGCACCGCACCCAUCCGAUGGAUCCGAUCUCACAGCCGCUGCUGCUGUGUUGACGUCACCUGAGAGCACACAGUUUCGCAGGUGGAUAUGUAUAAAAACAAACGUGUGUCCGUCGCGGGCUGGACUGUCCGUGUGUUUGUCUGACCUUGACAUCGACGAGUCUGCCGCCCCGGAGCAGCUGCAGCUUGACUGUAUCGCCAGUGCGGUAACCCAUGCUCUCAAACACCUGGACACACGCAAGCAACCAAGAAUCAACCGAGUGUGUCUGUGUUGGCGUGUUGGUGCCCCUGUCCUGUGUUCGGGUGUGCAAUGGUGUACCUCGAAGUGUGAGUAGACAGGCUGCCCGUUGACAGAGAGGAUGAGGUCCCCACUCCGGAUGCCCGCCUCCUCUGCUGGCGUGCCACCCUUCACCUGUGUGGUAAGACGACGCACGCUCCAUGCACACACCCUCCCUCCCUCCCUCCCUCCUGCUUGCUGCCCAUACCAUCCAGACACACACAUGCCUCACCUCACCUGAGCGACGAGGACGCCUCUCCUUGCCUUCUCCCCCCCUGGAUGGUGGUGGGUGUCGGGGGUGUGUGCCGCCUUGGGGUGCAGCAGCUUGUCCCAGAACCGGCCGGCGCCCGACCCGCUGCCCUCAUCCUUCUGAACCGUCUCCUCGCCCUCUACCUCAUCCACAUGAUCCUUCAACACCAUACCUGAACACGACACGUACAAACAAAGAAGCUGAGCUGGUACAAACUUGCUGAUGUCACGUCACGGCAUCCAUCCAUCCUACCGAGGUAUGGGAAGGUCCAAGAGCCCGUCUCUUCGAUACAGGAGGCGACGCCGUGGACAUGCUGGAUCGGCAGGGCCAAGCUAAGACAGACAGACAGACACAUCGACCAAAUCAAGAAGGGGUGGAAAAUAUGGGCCGAGGGAUGAAUUGAUGAGUGGUGUCGUGUGUCUGCGGUGGCUACCCAUAUUCUUGGAACUUCUUGACCACCAUGGCGACCACCUUGCCGUGGACAUCGCACACGGGUGCGCCGGACAUGCCGGGGAUGGUGAUCAUGCCCAUCUGAAUGAACCGGAUCCGCUGCCCCUCCUCCAACUUGCGAAACGACUGGACGAACGGCAAGCAUAUUUAUGUAUGUGCUGUAUCAUAAUCCGCUGGUGAUGGUGUCUGCUGAGCCACGUACUUGUCUUGGUUGGCUGACGGUGCCCAUGACAGCUACUGGCUCGUCGCCGUACUGAUGCACAAGACAGACAGACAGACACACAGACACACAGAGGAAGGGUGCGGUGCAUCCGCCAUACAUGACGGAGGCUGACUGAUCGAAUUACCUGUGUGGUGCCAUAGGUGACGACCCACUCUCCCUGCCGAGGACGCUCACGGAGGUUGGCUGCACCAGUCGUUCCGUCAUGUCAAGUGAAUGAAUGGCAUACGAGAUUGAGAGACUGCAGUGUUUUCGUUUCUUUGAAGUACUUACCGAAAGUCACGGCGGGGAGCUGCAGGGGCUUGGGGGGCAUGAUCUGAAGCACCGCCACAUCAGCAUCUGGAGUGAGUGGAAAAAAUCGACAGGCAGCAGCGUCUCGUCUCCCGGACCGCAGAUCAAUGAGGGUGUGGUGCGGUUCUUACCGCUGCUUUUGCCCCUGACGUUGGCCCUGAACCACCUGCCGUCGCUCAUGCGGACGAAGUACUGGAAACCGCCAGGCGUCCCGGGCGGCGGCUGGGCCUGACACGACACGUGGAUGUAAGCCAUCACAUCGACGCAUCCACACACGGCACCUCAAUCAAUGCUUGUGGUUCCCUCGCUCCCCUUACCUCAAAGAGAUGGCCAGCAGUCAGCACAAAGCCUGAUCGCAAACACACCCCACAUGAUAUCAUAAUGGGUCGAUCGGCGGGGCCCCCACCUUCCCCUCCCUCACUCCCCCCUCCCUGCCUGGCUCAUGCACCGCACCUUCCGGCUUGUAGAUAAAGCCCGAGCCCAGGUAGAUGGCGUCCUUGAGGGGCUGGUGCCGCUCCGCAGACGCAUAUAUCCUGACCAUUGCAGGCCGCAGCUGGUCAAACAAGUGGGCGAAACCCGACUGGAAGUCCAGCAUCCCAACCGAUGCAGACGGGGGGGACGAGGGGGGGCUUUCGGUUGCUGAUGGCUCCUCGCAGCGGCAAGCAGAUGGGCGUUGAGAGGGGGACAGCCAUGACAGAAGCAGUAACACAGCAGCCAUACCGGUCAGUGGGAAGAGGAUGGAGGGGGCGUCUGCUGUAGGGUCCCAAGAUGCUUCAGAGCCACACGGGAGGAGGCGAGGAUGGUGCUGAUAGCAGAGUCGCCUCCACGCUGUUUCGUGCUGCUGCGGGAGAGGGCCACGCAUCCAUCGGGUCACUGCACCCGUCACGUGUGGAUGUGUUUGGUCGUCGCAGCGGGGUGUUGCAUCGCAGCUGGGCUGCCAUGUCGUUUGCUGCUGCAGGUGCUGGCUCCGCAGCCUCCCCAGAGCUGCCAGCACCCUCCUCCGAGCGCCGACGGGAAGAGCCGUCCUCAUCCAGUCAACAAGGAACGGAGAUCUUUGAAUAAGACGAACGAUUCGUGGGCAGGUGAGCCGUAGGGAAGCGCUCUGCGUG